AUGCCGUCGUCCCGCAGCGCCCAACCCGGCCCCAGAGCCGCCCCCUUCGACCCCUGGACCUGCGCCUCCACCGGCCACCAGGUAGCCGAUCGCCGCCCCGACCCGGCCUGGCGAGACCUCCGCGACCGCCGACUCAACACCCAGCUGAGAGGCCUCCCUGCGCCCGCCGCCGCCAAUCGCCGCACCGUCAGCGUGCUGGCCAUGCUCCACCGCCCCGGGCUGAUGGCCGCCGCCGCCGCCGCCGCCACCCCGGCCGUCCGGGACGUCUCGCCGUCGCUCCCGCCCCCCCGUCCCAGGGGCCUCUUCGCCGGCACGACCGUCCACGUCAGCGGGAGCACCCUGCCGCUCGUGUCGGACCACCGCCUCAGGCACCUCCUCGCGCAGAACGGGGCCACCGUGUCGCUCCGGCCGGGCGGCCGGGCCGUCACGCACGUCGUCCUGGGGGCCGGCCUCGCCGCCGGCAAGCAGGAGCGGGAGGUGCGGCGCCUGCGCAGCCGCGUGCGCUACGUGCGGGCCGAGUGGGUGCUCGAGAGCCUCGCGGCGGGGAGGCGCCUGCCGGAAGGACCGUUUGCCGUGGGCGUCGCGGCGGCCAGCGGGCAGGGGAGCGUGUACGACGCCUGCAAGUGA